AAAAUCUCGAGCUGUCCCCGAGCCCAUUUUUGUGUGUGCCUGAGCCAGAAGCUACCCGCUGAAGGAGCCAGCCAUGCCCCAGAGCUUGGACCGGGGUUUGGGUUCGGGCUCGGGUUCGUCCUGGCGGCUGCAAGAUUGUUGAUUGACUUGGUUUAUUUACUACCUGCAUUUUACGACCCGCCGCGAAUUCUGAAAGCUCUAGACUAGAUUGGAGUGCUGCAGCAUCUCGAAGACAUUUUGGAAGCAGCGCGUCCGCCACCUCACAUCACCACGUCCGCUGUUUUGCUGCAACCCAGCACAUGGCAUUUACUACAUGAUCUUGAUGCAUAAGGCUAUGUGCAUUGCCGGCAGUAACCUGCAGCAAUGGCACCCCAGCUCGUCGACAAGGUCUAUUUACCUGACCUAGAGCCCUGCUUGAAGGGCGAGUCUGUUGUUUUGUCAUGGAGACUCGUCGCGUCGGCUCUGGCAGAUACUACUGGCCACCGCCAAAGUAGUCGUGCCAUCAUCGAAUUCCUUACGAACCCCAUCGUCCAGGCCUUCUUUACCAAGCCUGGCACUGUCUUUGAACCCGCGGGCAACAAUGACCCUCACAAGCAAGCCUUCGAGACCCGAACGUCGGCUGUCCAAGUCACCCCUACACCUAACGACAAAUACGAUAUCAACACAAUAAAACAAGAUUCCACCUGGCUGAGCAACAACGCCAGCAUAAACCUGUUGGCCGCUUUGCGCAUAGUCGUGAUCGAGUUCCAAUCCCGUUCUCGGAACCAACUCACGGGUCCCAUCUCGAGCCAGGAUGUGACGAAUCUUCAGGAGGCCGCUGGCGCCACCAAUGCGCAAGCUUCCAGUAUCUUACCCGGGCUUAAUUUGGCUGCUACUCGCGAUGCUGCCGAGCUCCAGGCCGACUUUGAAAAUGACGAUGCCAGGCGACGUCGCAUAUUCCAGACCUACCUGGCUGAGCGCCGUUACUUCGCUAUGACAACCGACCACUUGUUCACUUUGAUGCUGCACGAGCAGUUGCCGUCGUGUGCCGCCAAUGAGGCGACCAGGAAAAUACGUGUUUCCUUCAUGGAGGCAUAUGGAUUGACGUCGCAAACACAGAGCACUGGGGCCCCCGCCAAGACAUAUCAUGCUCUGAUCGCGCAGUACUUUACUGUCACCUCCGACAGCAUCAAGAGUUGCGAAGACGUCUCCUCCGUCGCCAAAGACCAGACGCUACAUGACGACGACAUGCAGAAUGAAUGGAUUAAGACUUUCCUCGCCGAGGCCAUCCAUGCCAUGACCGUUUCUUUCCAACUGCUGGACUUGUGCAGUCAAGUGCUGGUUUCCCCUGAACUGGUGAAACAAUGGUUUCAAUUCGUGGGCGAGACCUCUUUUCUUGAUGUCCUGGGCGGAGUUGACGGACUUGCUCAGCUCAUACCGCCAGUGCAAUGUCUUGUCAGCUUGAUAUCCCUCACCUUGCUCAAUUUGCCCAGGACAUUGGGCUUUUUCUACGGAGAGCAGGAAAUUGAUAAUGGUGUCGAGUUCCUUGGGUCGUCAGAUGCUCUGCUUAUGAUACACGAAGUAGUCACAAACGCUGUUGACCGAGGUGUGGCUUCUGCCUUGCCCGUAGCUUUAGCUUGGGUGCCGGUUCUACAUGGCAUGUAUGCAUCCUACCAACAGCGCGCCGAACAGCGCGAUGCAAUUCAGAAUCAGAAAGCAAUUGAGUCGUAUGACUCGGGAACUCAGAUGAUACCAGGCGCUGGACGGAGAAACUCAGCUGGAAGCAUUACAACCAUUGAUAAAACCGGCUACGAUGACUUCCUCGCCAUGACCUCCAUGGAACGAGAUAUCCAGCCCGCUUUGCUUAUCGGAGCCGCAGCCACGAGUGAUGGCUUAGUGUAUGAUAUCAUCUCUGAUAUGGCUCGAUGUCUGGGCACUUCUGAAAGUGCCAUAUUUGCAGCGUCUGUGGGCUCCCGGAUGAGGUUGGCAUUGAUAAGUCUUCUAAAGUCCACAUUCAGCUUCGUUGGCUACAAAGGAGAACCGCUUACAGCACUGCUAUCUUUGCUCUCCGGCGGUGAUAGCUACUGGCAGCUCACAGAACCGAGCACCUUGCUACCCAAAGACGAUGUCAUCUCCCGGACGCUCAAUGAUGAAUUCACCCUGGAAAAUUUUCUGGGUCAAGCUUUACAGCGGUUCCCGUACGAGUUCAUCCCUUUCACAAGCCUGUGCAGAAAUCUCGCUUCUACCACCCACUCUUCUGACACCCACCAUGAUGCUAUUUUGAAGAUCCUCAAACGAACACCUCAUCUGACCUUCGAGCUUCCGAAAUCUUUCAAUGAUUAUGAGCUUGCCCAGGAGGACGAAGGCUUGAACACAAUCCGAUUUUUGGACGAUUUCCCCCUGUUCGAGAUCACCUCUGCUCGUAAGCGUAUAUCUUCAGACGACGAGACAUUUAUCAUACCGGCGGGCACAUAUGGUCGCUUUAUGAGCGACUCCGGCAGAAUCGUCCUCAUGGAGUAUAAGCAUUCCACGUUGUCUCUACUCGGAAAGCGGUUGGAAGCCAAUCUGACACCUAGCAUUUACCGCCUCGAGCUCGGUGUGCUCAACGACGAUGAGGUCGCAGAGGUCAUCUCUCUGUUGGCAACUUUGAUCCGAGUUGAAACCACAAAAGCUGUGAGGCACGCGGAUAAAGAGGCCAUUUCAGAACCCGGUUUAUCUAUCAUCGCCGAAGCAAGCAGCGCGUUACGACGGACCAAGGACAUCAUAUCAGUUGUCUGUGAUAUACUCGACAACUAUAUCGAGAAUGACCCAGAAAGCGCCAUGCUCCCGAUCGUGACUGCCUCAAUACAGUUUCUUGAUGCAAUUCUGCCACUCCAGCCUGGUCGCGUAUGGUCAUAUCUCGGACGAUGCGCAUUACUCAACAACGAAUCUAGGGCUGGCCGGCUUUCACGCCUGACAGGCACACUAGAGCUGUCUAACGAGCAGUACGAGUUAUUGGCUAGCACGUUGCGAUUCUUCCACAACGUCGUGGACAGCUCCAUGAUAAGUACAGUCCAGAGAAAAACACCAACUAAAUCGAACGCUCGCCAGCAGGGCUCUGAAAGUAUAUGGCUUGGCGUUUCAGACAAACUCAUCACACAAGUUACUGUGGCUAUAUCACAAGCCUGCGUGGACACAUUGGAAAGUUCGACUACGUGGCGGUUUUCGUCUGAACUGCAACGUACAGUACUUAUCCGGGACCUUGUCCCCAUUCUCAACAAGUUCAUACUAUAUACCUACAGUAUGGGCGAGAUUGAAAACAAGAAGAAAUUGGCGGCGCCGUUAGAGCCAGCCGCCAAGUAUAUAAUUGAUAGCUUCUUAGCGCCGUCGGCAGGAAGCCUACGUAUUCAACCACUUUUGGCAACUCUUGCCGUAGCAGUUCAUUGGCCUGGAACAACUAUAUAUGCCAAUGGCUUGAAAGCGCUGAGCGAUCGAACGAUCGCCGUUUUAGAGCUUGCCACGACUCUAGUUCGGGUGGCAAAUUUCUUCGACCAAUCUUCGACCACCAUAGAGUUGCAGUUAUUCAAAGCGUCGCCCUUUGUGGCUAGGGUAUGUGCUGCCCAUGAAGGUUUCAGGGCGGCCACAAUUGCACUCUUGGAAGCGUUAGUUGUCAGUGCUGGGAAAGCGACGGGCGAGCCACCGUCAUUACUUGGAUAUCUAGGUCCCCAGACUUCGAGAUCCUUCUUACAGCUGCUGUCCUCUUUGGACAGGCCUUUUGACCAGGCAGAAGAAGUCAGCAUUAUCUGGCGGUUCUUCUCCACCAUUGUUAGGAACAGACAGCAGUGGAUGGCAAACUGUCUCCUCACCGGCAAGACUCCGCGCGACGCGCGAAAUGGCCACGACAAGACAUCCCAGCCGGCAUCAGACGCAGUUCUGACUUCCGCGCUCAACAGACUCUCCAACAUGGAUACAAUCCCUGCCUCUGAAGCUUUAUCGAUACUUGACUUCAUAACAUCCGCUCAAAAUUAUUGGCCGUGGACAAUUUUCAGUCUGCAGAAAAACACAGGAUUCCUCUUAGGCCUACGGAAGUAUGUGAAAGGGCUCGAGUCAUUUCACAUUACUUCCAAGACCAGCAUGCUCCAAGCCUGCGACGAAGCUCGUUUAGCAGCAUACAUCGCCGAGACGUUUGCCAUGCAGCUCUUCCACCUGCGUCAAAUGGGACAAGCUGAUAACUUGGCCAACGAGUUAGCUGGAGAUCUUGAUUACUUCUUGAGAGACGGCGUGCUGGUAUCUGGCUACAACAAUUCCUUGCACGCAAACUUUGCGAGAAAUUUUGCAAACAAGUAUCCCAGUUGCAAGCUCGAUGAUUUCAAACGUACACUCCUCGAACCUCGUGCGCUUGGCAAUGGGUACUACUAUGCCCUCAACUUCGCCGACACAAUGUUGCAGUUUGACCCUGGGUGGGUAGGAAUCCGUGGCAACGGGUUCAAGAGCGAAAUGGAGAAGGCAAACGCGAACUUGUCUCUCGUAGAUGCCCAAAUAGCUCUUUUCCAUGCUUGGGAAUUCCUGCUGCUUGAGUUGAGCCACUGUCUUCCCACUAAUAGUAUCCUUAAGAAACACACUCUCCAGGUCGCUGAGCAGUGUUUGGCAGCCAACGAAGCCACCCAAGGCCACGAGCAGAUUUUCGAGAGGCUCACCGAGUCCCGAGUCGAUUUGGCCCUUCUGCUCGUGCAGCGAGUUGUCGACAAUACACCAUCCGCUGCCGAUGUCGCGAAACUUCUGAAUGCCCUUUGGUCAACAGUCAGCACUUUUGAAGAGCCUUAUGCACCCGGCAGCCUCUCACUCUACCGAACACUUCUUAAACUUCUCUACGUGACAUUGCGGGCUCAGGUCAAAGCGUCGGAUCCCAAGCUUUCCAACAGUGUUGCAGAGAAGCGUGCUCUGAAUGACUCUUCGUUGAAUGUGUCGCAGACGGUUCUUGGAAUACUGGAUGGUGUUGUCGGGAAAGGUCUCCGGACACUGGUGUCGCUGAUUCACGACUCAGACGCAACCAUCUUCCCAGAGGAUGUUGCCAUUGUGAACGCCAUUUUGCAGGCAUGCCUUUGCAUACCGGGCAUCAGUCAGAGUCAGACACAGAUUGUGAACAUCAUGGCUGCGCACGAUGCCGUACAUGUGGCCGUGUCGUUGUACUCUUGGGCGGAUAAACUGGCGGAAAAGGGCGACCCGAUCUAUGGCGAACUGUCCAUACUCUUUCUGCUCGAGCUGUCGGCCCUGCCCUUAGUGGCGGAACAACUCGCCUGCGAUGGCCUGCUCAACCAUUUGACGUCUGCCAGCUUAGCCAACUACCUCAACCGGCCCAACGUGUCACCAUUUGCAGACUCGGUUGGCCCACAAAGGUGCUACAGCAUUUGGGCCAAGGGCAUUGUCCCACUGCUGCUCAACAUCUUGACAGCGCUGGGUCAGACAAUUGCUCCGGAGGUAGCGUAUGUGCUGAAUCAAUUCCCCAACCUGACGGCGUCGAGCAUCGAGAGGUUCGAGGCGCCAGGGGCGAGUCGCACGCAGGCGGCGCGCAGCAAAUCGGCGUACAUCACCCUACUCUCGGUUUCCGAGAUCCAUGAUCUGGCACUGAUCACGCGCGUGCUUGGUGCCCUCCGCGCAAGCAACGGCCGAGACAUACCCCAAGUGGAGUGGGACUCUGCAGGCGCACUCGAGAAUGUCGAGUUCUGGUUGGGUAGCCGAAAGAUCCUCCGGGAACGGCUGGUGCCGCUGGGACAGAGAGAAAUCGAGUGGAAAGGGACGAGGCCUAGCGACGCUGGAAAGGCCAGGGGCUACGAGAGCAAGCUCGAGGAAAAGGUUGUAGAGCAGCUGGAAGGGGUGAGGGCCGUGCUUGGUGAGGAACUGGAGUGAAAAGUGCCUGUUGUACAGGGUGGAAUUGCGGAAAGAGGGUGCGAAGGAAGGCGCGUGGCGAACCAAGAAAUAAGGAGUAUAUUUCACAUGAUAUAUCGCGGAGAUGCAUUGGAGAUAUAUCUGGAGCACUCUGAUGAUGGCAGCGGAGGACGCUCAUGGGCGUUUACGGCAUCAUCUCAUUAGAGAUAGUGGUGAGGUUUGAUCCAGGGCUUGUCAACACAAAAAAAAAAGUGUCCUUUCAGCAUUACAAGCAUGACAUGCUCAACUGUGAAGUAUUGUGAUGCAGUGUGUUAUACGAGGCGUCUAGAGUGUCGUGAACAGAG